UCAUGGCUUUUAAAAGGGCUCAAGGCCUCCAUUCCUACCUCUCUCAGUUAUUUCAUUGAAGCGCGACUCUACGUUCUCCAUUGAAGCGUUCUCCGCUGAAUCUAAUUCUGGUAUCCCCCCAUUGAAGCAGCUUCUAAGGACUCAGCAUUUUCUUUUUAAAUAAAUGAAGCAUAUUGUGAAGAUUUUGUCUAUACUGGUGGCCAUUGCUGCAUUCUGGAUUGGUCUCCUCCAUACAUCAAUAGUUCCACAAAGCCAGACUUGGCUGCUGCCUUUAUACUUGAUUAUAUCACUGGCAUGCUAUGGCCUAUUGAUGGUUGGCAUCGGUUUGAUGCGCUUUCCAACCUGCCCCCAAGAAGCAGUGUUGCUACAACAGGAUGUCAUCGAAGCGAAGGACUUCUUGAGGCAAAAAGGAGUUGACAUUGGUUCCGAUUGAUCAGUUUAUGCAAUCUCCGGCAAUUUGGGAAAGUUUGAUUUAAAAAAGGGUCUAGUUGCAGAAUUAAUACUAAUUAUAAUUAGGCACAACCGCACAACCUUGAUGAGAAACACGGACAAUUUAUUUAUUUUGAAUCCAAACUCGGACAAAUCUGAUUUGCUAGUUAAACUUGGUUUAGUGCUGUUUGUAAUUUUUUAGCCUCUGGAACACUGAUUCAUUUUUUGUAGUCUUCUAAAACCCUUUUGAAUUGGGUUUGUGUGUAAACAAAUGUGUCGAUCAACGAUAUUAAUUUUGAAACAAAUGGUGUAUGUAACUUUUAGCUAAAUCUUGAUAAUGAUAGUUAUGAUACUGAACAAAUUCUA